AUGGACCUACCGUUGCGGCUGCCAGAGCGGUAUCAUCGUCUAUCUAUUAAUCAUUUUGUUAUUCUUAUGAUAAUUGUUGUUGCCAUACAGGGUACAUAUCUUGGCUAUGUUGUAGGAAUAUUAACGACAUUAGAACGACGAUUCGGAAUUUCAUCCGAAAAAUCCGGAUUACUGCUUUCACUAUAUGAUAUAGGACACACAGUUGCCAUACUCAUGAUUGGUUAUUUUGGUUCCAAAAGCCAUCUACCUCGACUUACAGGAAUUGGAGUAAUAAUGAGUGCGGUUGCCAUGUUCAUCCUGGCUCUACCUGUUGCCUUAUAUGGAACAGUCAAUCAUGAAACUGAGAUUUUCUUAAAACAUAAGGAAAUCUAUGAACGAGACUUUCGAUGUGAUUCCGAUCGUGAGUUACUCACUCAAGGAGAGGAUUGUAAACUAGAUGAGAAAGAGAAUAAUAUAGCUUACGCGUUGUUAGUCUUCGGUCAGAUCUUAGCUGGAGUGUUUGCUGCUCCAUUUAACACAUUAGCUUAUGUAUAUAUAGAUACCAAUGUUCAGGAUCGUCGAAGAUCUCCUCUUCUAUUAGGUUUACUCACGAGUAUGUAUGCUUUCGGUCCUGCACUGGGGUUUGCGUUAUCAGCAGGACUCACACGUGUUUACAUAACUUUAGGGGCAGCACCGCCACACGUUCAAAUAUCUGAUGAACAAUGGGUUGGUGCUUGGUGGCUAGGAUUCGUCAUUUGUGGUAUUCUAUACUUGUUAUGUGCCACACCAUUCUUCUUCUUCCCACGCUCAUACAAACCAAAUGGCCAUGAGAUGGUACCAUUACGAUCAUCUAUCAGUCCAACGUUAAGCCAAGACUCUUCACGACAUUUAAGUAAAUGGGAAAAAGCUAAGAUAGCCAUUCAAGAGUUCCCUUACAUAGUAUGGGAUUUGAUGCAAAACCCAGUAUACAUAACGAUGGUAAUCGCUUGGAUGUUCGGAAGUUACCUUAUCGGCGGCUAUCAAACAUAUCUUCCCAAGUAUAUAGAGACUCAGUUUGGACGUAGUGCAAGCAUAGCCGAUUUCUAUGCAGGUUUCAUUUCGAUCGGAGCUGUCGCAUCAUCUACUGCUCUCGGAGGAUAUUUAUUAACAAAAUACGAUGUAGCCCCACGAAAAGCAAUUUUAUAUUUAUUCGGAGCAUGGAUUAUUAUCAUGAUAACGUAUCUUCUCGGCAUGUCUGUAGGAUGCCAGCAAACAAGUAUAGCAGGUCUCGAUUACGAUGCAUCAAUGAAGAAAUGGUCAUUCUUCGAUGAUCAUGAAGAUCUGCAAAUUUUUUCAUCUGACUGCCAGUGUCAGGCUGUUUUUCAGUUUGAUGGUGUGCAUUUUGAUGGCAGAAAUUUCUUCUCACCAUGCCAUGCAGGAUGUCUCGACUACGAUCCAUACCGAGAUGAGUGGUCUAACUGUGCAUCAGCCAUGGGCGGCAUGGUUACAAAGGGUCUGGUUCACAAUGAAUGCAAUCAAAUAUACAUAUAUCUCAUUGUGAUAUUCAUUGGCCUUUUCUUGGGAAACUUAUUUUUCAUGGUAACCAUGAUGAUUGUUUUGAGAUCCGUUUAUGACGAUCAGAAAGUUAUGGCGCUUUCACUUGCUUCGUGUGCCACCAAUCUUCUUGGUUUUAUCCCAGCUCCCAUCAUAUUUGGAUGGAUAAUAGACUCAGCCUGUGUGAUGUGGCAUAGCCGAUGUCCAAAUGAUCGCGGAAAUUGCGUUAUAUACGACAACGAUCGUCUACGAGUUGAUUUUCAUUUGGGAAAUGCAGUUCUUCAGUUUCUGGCUGUUGUAUUCGUGGGCAUAUGUUAUUUUGUUUCUACUCGGGUCAAACUACCGGAAGAGGAAGCUUAUGAAGAAGAAAUGGAAUUGAGAGAACAUCAAGGCUUCAACAUGAACCAAAUUCCAAGAAAUCAACAACCUCCCAUUUCAUAUCCGUUAGAGGAGCACCUGAAGCUAAGCGAAGAAGCCAGCCGUAGUUCAUUCACUCCCAAGCCUAAUCAUCAUUAUGAGAAUACCAGAGGAUCUAUUACCUCGACACCAACUUCGAGAAAUCCUAAAGAGGCUCACCCAUAUGAAAACACGAAAGACUACAAAUCUGGUCCCGUGUCUAUUUUGAAGAAGCCGAAAGAAAAUAAACCCUAUGAGAAUAUAAGUAUGGACUCAUCUGUUCCUUGCACUUCCAGCACGCCAUCAGAAGAGUCCUCACAAGCAAAACACUCAUACGUGAACUCAAAUGAAAAGAGGGAGACGGAUCUCUAA